CGUCUCAAACAACAGUUGGAUCAUCAUCACCAUCAUCAUCAUCCUGCAACAGGUGGACUAGACAAGUAUCGGUCAUGGCAUCCUCCUCUCCCAACAAGCUGACCACCACCAACCAUUUGAGACAUGUCGAGUCCAUGACCUCCUUCCCUUCCGGCGCCGGCAACAUUUCCAAUUUGAACGCCGUCAUAUUGGGCGAGGCGCUUGCUUCCGAGGAGAACGACUUGGUUUUCCCAAGCCAUGACUUCUCUAGCCAGGCUCUCAUUCCUUCUCCACACAAGUAUCUGGAGAUGUACAAAAGGUCAAUAGAGGAUCCCGCUGGAUUUUGGUCAGAUAUUGCCUUAUCGGAGUUCUAUUGGAAGCAAAAAUGGGGAGAUCAGGUCUACUCUGAGAAUCUCGAUGUCAAUAAAGGAAAUAUCAAGAUCGAGUGGUUCAAAGGCGGGAUCACCAAUAUAUGCUACAAUUGCUUAGAUAGAAACAUCGAUGCUGGGUUUGGAGACAAAAUCGCCCUUUACUGGGAAUCCAGUGAACCUGGCUUUGAUGCCCAUUUGACUUACUCCCAGCUACUGCACCGAGUUUGCCAGCUCGCUAACUACCUGAAAAGUAUUGGAGUUAAAAAGGGUGAUGCCGUUAUUGUUUAUUUGCCUAUGUUAUUGGAACUCCCUAUUACCAUGCUUGCCUGUGCUCGCAUAGGUGCAGUUCACUCGGUUGUAUUCGCUGGAUUUUCUUCAGAUUCUCUUGCCCAACGAAUAGUGGACUGCAAACCAAAAGUUGUUAUUACGUGUAAUGCUGUUAAAAGAGGCCCUAAGACCAUCCAUCUCAAGGACAUUGUUGAUGCUGCCCUUAUUGAAUCGGCCAAGAAUGGAGUCUCCAUAGAUGUAUGCUUAACCUAUGAAAAUCAAUCAGCAUUGGAAAGAGAAAGCACUAAGUGGCAGGAAGGAAGAGAUGUGUGGUGGCAGGAUGUUGUCCCAAAAUAUCCUACUACCUGUGAAGUUGAGUGGGUUGAUGCUGAAGAUCCCCUUUUCCUAUUGUAUACUAGUGGGAGCACCGGGAAGCCAAAGGGCGUACUCCACACAACCGGAGGAUAUAUGGUGUACACAGCAACAACAUUUAAAUAUGCAUUUGACUACAAAGAGUCUGAUAUUUUCUGGUGCACAGCUGAUUGUGGUUGGAUUACUGGGCAUAGUUACGUAACCUAUGGACCCAUGCUUAAUGGAGCAACAGUUGUUGUAUAUGAGGGAGCCCCAAAUUAUCCUGAUUCUGGAAGAUGUUGGGACAUUGUUGACAAAUACAAGGUGACCAUAUUCUACACUGCACCCACAUUGGUGCGCUCUCUCAUGCGUGAGGGUGAUGAGUAUGUUACACGCUACUCACGGAAGUCCUUGCGUGUCCUUGGAAGUGUUGGUGAGCCUAUUAAUCCAAGUGCUUGGAGGUGGUUUUUUAAUUUAGUUGGAGGAUCUAGGUGCCCUAUUUCUGACACUUGGUGGCAAACUGAAACAGGUGGCUUUAUGAUCACUCCUCUUCCGGGUGCCUGGCCACAAAAGCCUGGUUCUGCUACCUUUCCCUUUUUUGGAGUUCAGCCUGUCAUAGUGGAUGAAAAAGGAAAUGAGAUUGAUGGUGAGUGUACCGGUUAUCUGUGUGUGAAAGGCUCAUGGCCUGGUGCAUUUCGAACUCUUUAUGGUGACCAUGAGAGAUAUGAGACAACAUACUUUAGACCAUUCCCUGGAUAUUAUUUUACUGGUGAUGGCUGCAGCAGGGACAAGGAUGGGUACCACUGGCUUACCGGAAGAGUUGAUGAUGUUAUCAAUGUUAGUGGACAUCGUAUUGGCACAGCUGAGGUGGAAUCUGCUCUAGUCUCUCAUCCUCAGUGUGCAGAAGCUGCUGUAGUUGGUGUUGAGCAUGAGGUUAAAGGACAGGGCAUAUAUGCUUUUGUUACUAUUGUGGAAGGUGUUUCUUACAGUGAAGAGCUUCGGAAGAGCCUUAUACUCGCAGUGCGAAAUCAGAUAGGAGCAUUUGCAGCACCUGACAAAAUACACUGGGCACCUGGCCUCCCAAAAACGAGAAGUGGAAAGAUAAUGAGGAGGAUUCUGAGGAAAAUUGCAUCCAGACAGUUAGAUGAACUUGGAGACACUAGCACGUUAGCCGAACCUGGUGUAGUUGAUCAGCUUAUUGCACUUGCUGAUUGCUGAAACAAUUGCGGGUGUAGAAAGAACUCGGUCAGAGUCGAACAGUGUGGUUUGUGGUUCUUUGAUCGCUUUCUUGCCAUUUCUAGCUUGAGAGAGGAGCUGUUAAUUUCUUCAAUGUCUGUCUUUGGAGGUUGUACUUUAAACCAUAGUGCGGUUGUUCAUGUGAUGCGGUGUGAGCUAGGUGAUUGUAAACCGAUGUACAAUUCUACUCUGAAAUAA